ACCUUUUGAGUUUUGGGCGGGACCUCGGGCUGGUUCAGUUCACUUCUUCACCGUCUCAAAUCCAAAAUCAAAUGUCCCAACAAAUUUCCCUCUUCCGCUCCCAAAUCACGAACAGAAGGUUCGAUGGUGGAACUCUUGGAAUUCUCGAGAUGCUGCUGAUCUCUAAGGAUGUGAGGUCCUCCAUUGAAGUACGGUCCAGCCUUAAACAGUUCAUGCGAACUGAGUCCCUCUGCGUGCUCCGGGAAAUUGCUCAUACGACCCUCGAGCAAAAGCUCUCUGUUCUGGACUUCUUUGUCAAGGCAUUUGCUCUCAUUGGCGAUUUCGAGAGUUGCUUGGCUCUGAGAUACGAGGCACUCUUGUUGCGUGAUUUCAAGUCCGCAAAUCAUCACUGGCUACAAGUUAACUACAUGGAGUGGAUCAAAUUUGCUGAGCACUCCCUUGACCAUGGUUUCCACUCCAUUGCUGAAAAGGCCUGCACAAAUGCAUUAGCUUCUCUUCAGAAGAAUAAUACUGCGGAUGUCAAAAGCGACGAAAGUAUUAACAGCAGAGAGGCCGUGCGGAGAAUAGAGAAGUUGAAGGACAUUGCAAUAUCAUCUACUGGAUCUUCUUCUGUUCAGAGGGAGGCUUCAGGAUACUUGAAGAAGAAAGCAAUAGCAAAGAGCAAACGAUCAGCUGAGAUUUGUUAUGAAAAGCAACGCGCAGCAAGCUCUCUAUUCAGGGAUAGCAUUAAGAAGCGGAACGCAAGAAAGCUGCUUGAACGUCAGAGCCUGAAGCCUACCCAGGGUCUCGAAUGUGCGCAGAAUUUUGAGAAUCUGCACCGCUUCCUCCUUUUCUUUGGUUUGAAAAAUCUGCAAGGGAAAACAAAAAGGCCACGCAUGCACAACUCUCGAGGAUGGAGAUGAGAAUCUUCCAAAUAUUAUGUUACCACAAGCGCAUUCAGUUAAUUCAAUGUCCGUCUUGGAGGAAUAUGUAUUAUUAUUAUUAUUAUUUAUUUUUAAAUCUGUUCUAAAGACUGACUCUAGAAUUUGGUGAAAGAAAAGAUGUCUGUUGGUUUCUCCCCCGGCCACUCGCAUUUCCUAUUCCUCAAGUCAUCGGGCUUUUGAGAAACAAACGGCAGCUCGAUGGAAACAGUCUGAGUGUGUCCCCUGUCUCGGGUUUCCUUUUUUUUUUUUCCCUACUUCCUAGAGCUUAGGGGGUUUGAAACUCAUGAUUUAACUUUAAGCUACGCGUUUUGUGAGGUAAUGUAAGUGUAACCCACUAAAAUGUUCAACAGGAUGCAUGCAGGGGACAUUCUUUUCUUUUUUUCUUUUUCUUUUUCUUUUUCUUUUUUCCGCCUGGUAUCUAGUCUUAUUUUGUUAUGUAUCUUUUAAAGGGGUGCAUUGCAUUUGCGGUGGUAACUUUGAAUCUCCAUGGAACAGAAGUUCGAUAGAUUUGGAAUUGAUGAAAUCC